AUGGUCACUCAGCUCAAGCAGGCGAAGAAAAAAUUGGAUCAGGCGAUGAUCACGGGCGAGGAGCUCGACCCCGACGUGAAGAAGUGCCUCGAGCACAAGGCCGCCUUCCUGUCCGAGUACAACAGCUUGGGCCUUUUUGACGGCAAGAAGCAACAGAUGCUUGAGAUGUGGAAGACGGACAAGAGCUUGAAGCAGUGGGCAGAGUCGAAAACAACCCACUCCUCGACGACGAGUGUCACCCAGGAGAAGCUGGAGAACUACGGUACCAAGUUCGAUGUGGCCAAGCUCCUGAAUUUGGAUCCGGACUCGAAGGAGCAAAGCAAGAUUUUGAAUGCGGUCCUACACGACCUACCUCAAGAUGAUGCAUGGGACGAAAGCAACCCCAUGGAAAAAUGCUUCAAGCAGAUGAACAUGAUUCGCUACACCUUCUCCAAGAACUUGGGUGUCUCUACCAAGCGUGGCAAGGAAGAAGUUGAUUCUUUCGUUCACACAAGGGACGUUUGUGGCAAAAAGCUCAAGCAAAUGCUCGAAGAUGGCGGCUCCGGCGGCUCGGGCGGCUCGAGCGGGGACCCAGCGGUCAAGCUGGAGCACUGCCAGCCCAGGAGAAGCACAAAGAGAUCGUGCUAG